CUGCAAUGAAUCUUACAGAUAAUACUGUACACCAAUGGUGGAGGAAGUGAAUGUUUAUUCUGGUGGACUAGGGAGUCAUCAAAAGGACACCAGUAAUGGCAAAUCUGAACAUGCCUUUGGAAUGCCAACAUCUUGCCCAGAAGCAUCCAAGUCAUCGCAAAGUUUCCAGAAUUCCAGCAACAACCUUGUGAAUCAAAGAAACUCAACAACCCAGAGCACCAAAAAGCAUAAGCACGUUGCAAACUGGAUGAAUGUUAAUUCAAAAAUGCACUUCAGUGAAAAACUCCUCAAAACACCUGAUUCCAGUCUGCCCAAAGAAUCUGAUAAACAUGAUGAGACAAACCUUCCCACUUCACCAGAGAUAUGGAUUUGUGACACAUGUUUAUUAUCAAACAAGGCUCCAGCAGUGAGAUGUAGGGGCUGUGACAUACUGAAGUAUGGAGUAAUACUGCAGAGCUGCAAAGGAAACCUGUCAAAAGAAAUGAACACCUACAGAAGAAGCACCAAGGUGGAAUCCAGUGUAGUAGCAACCCCUCCGAUUACCAGAGUAACAGAGAUGUCUACAUCCUUGACUACCCCCACUCCUUCUCACAUGCCUGGCAUAAUUUGCUCUGCUCCAGAAAGAUAUUCUUCAGCUGGCACCACAUCCACUACUACUGAAGAGAGAAUGACAAUGGAAUUUCUUCCAACUGGCACAGAAUGUGCAACUGUUCACCAACCCACUGAAAAAAGCACAAUUGCUUUAUUGUCAUCUGUGUCCAUUGGAAAUACUGAGCCUGAUGAAAAACUGUUUCAUGCUAUAUCACAUCCAGCAAAAUCAACACGACAGGAUGUCAACAAGGAAGAUAAUGACCAAGAUCCAGAUGAACCUGUAGCGAAAAAAGCCUGCAGAAUCCAACUGUCUUCGGCCACUGUAUCUUUCCCACAUGCUUUUGGCCCAUCUCCAAUCUACACAACAAGUGGCUCUUUAACACUACCCAAGUGUACCCACUACAAUGUCCCUUCAUCAACCAGGUCAGACAUGACGACAACAGCAGUCUCCGGCAAACCGCUUCCAUUCCGGUUCUUUGGCUGCUCAAACAAAAUAGGCAGCAACAAUAUCAAUCCUGAAACGUUUGCAUCCUCCGUCAACUUCCCUUCUGUCUUUGGAUGCAGGGGCGCGAUUAACACUAAAGCCGUGACCAACGAGAGUCUUUCAUCACACCCUUUCACUGGACAUGGUUACCAUUUUUCUGGUAACUUAGUUCCAAAUUAUAAUUUUGGCUAUCCAAAUGCUAAUAACGUCUUUCAUUUUGGAGCAAACAGCAAGAACCAGCCAAUAUCCCAGCAAUCACUGAAUUUCACAUCUAUCUUCAACACUAGGACUCCAGGACUGCCGAACUCAUUUCAAUCCAGUGGCUUUUUCCAUCGAAAAAUAAGAACUGCUAGACGGAAACUCAGGUGAAAC